AUGGUGGAAGAAAAUAAUUAUCCAAACAACAAUAAUAAUGAUAAUGAUAAAUUAUGUAUUGAAAAUAUUUUGGAGAAAUUCAAAUUAUUCAGUCAAAUUCAAACAGUAUAUUUCUAUGUCUCAUCCAAUGAAGUACCUAUACUACCUAGAGUAUAUAUACAACCAGUUAUUAAAUCAGCUAUGGAAUUUAUUUUAUCAAACUUCAAAAUGGUUAACAAAGUUUUAUUUAUGGAUGAAUAUGGCCCUCCAUUGAAUUUUUAUUGGUAUUAUUUUUAUAAAAUAUUACUUAAAGUGAAUAUAAAUACUUUUGAUUUCAUAGAGUUUCAUAUUGAUAACCAACCUUAUAUCACAAAGGCUAUUGAAGAAAAUAAUAAAAAUAAUCAACUACUACAAAACCAACAAACAACAACAACAACGACUACAACAGUAGCAACAACAGAAACAGUAACAAAACAACAACAACAACAAGAUAAAGAACAAACCCACGAAAACAUUGAAUUUACAGAAUUUUAUGGCUUUAACGAAAAGAAUAGCGAAAAAGAUAACCAAGAUAGAGAAGAUGAAGAUGAAUUUUCAGAUGAUUGUAGUUCCGAUUCAUUUUAUUUUUGA